AUGCCGCCGAUCCCUGCAAGUAGGGGCACGGCCCCUGCACAGCCAGGGAUCGUGAGCACGCUGUCAAAGGGGGCCCAGGAUGUUGGUAGAGCAGCCUUGAUCGACGCGCUCGUGCGAAGUGCGCUGCGGGGCGUGCCGGGCGAUGACCUGCAGCGGCAGGCGCUCCACAACAAGCUCAACGGCUGGGCGCUGCGGGUGCUUGGCAGCCACCUCAGCAGUGCAUCUCCAGCCCUUGGCGAUGGGGGAAGCGUUGUACACGCGAUGAAGCAGCUGCUGCGCCAGCAGCAGCGCGACGCGGAUGCCGGCAGCCUGGACGACCGCUAUGGGCGCUUGGUGGCUUCGCGUGCCGUCAGCGGCCGCGCACAGCAGGCAGUGCUUGCCCUUUUGCUCCAGCUGGCGCGCGGCGGCGGCAGCGGCAUCGGCGGCGGCGAACUACCGCUAAAUGCAAUCGCGACUUAUCAGCCGCCGCGCCUCAUCAAGCCGGCACCGCUGCUGCCGGCGAGCCGCGACGGGCAGCCGGGCGGCGCCCCCGACCAGUCCAAGAGCGCCCGCGCGGCGGGCCAGCUGCAGCAAGCCGCGGCCGCGCGCGCCGCGGGCCAGGCGCCCGGCUGCACGGUCCCGGAGAAAGAGCUUGUUCGCGAUGCGCUGCGCGCGGCCCAGGGCUGCGCGGGCAGCUACGGCGCAUUCGCGCGCGCCCCCGGCGCGCCCCCCGCGCCUGGGGAGGCGGCCACAGCGGCGGCGGCGGCGGCGGGCCUGGACUGCGGCGGCGACCUGGCGGUGGCGGACUAUGCUGAUGCUGGCAUACCGUGGCCGCAGCGGACUGUGAUGCACGUCCUUGGCGAGCUCGGCCUGAUGUUCCGGGCCGUCCAGGCGCACGCCGAGGCGGGCUCGGACCCCGGCCGCCCCCGCGGCGCGGUGCGGCAGGCGCUGUGCGCGGCGCUGCAGCGGGAGCUGACAGAGUUUUACGGCUUCCUGGCCGGGCUGGAGCAGCAGCUGCAGCACCCGCUGCCGCCGCCGGGCUGCACGGACGACGAGCUGCUGUCCGCGCCCUUCCUCACCCUGCGCCGCCUGCUGCUCUGGACGGGCGAGCCGCUGCGCCGCAUGCGGCUGCUGGCGGCGCUCGCCGACGGCACCGCGUCGGCGGACGGCGGGGCGCUCGCCGGGAUGGUCUGGGGCCACACCAAGAGGGGCGACCCCUUGGCGCGCGCAUACGCGACGCGGCUGCUGCAGCAGGUGUGCGUGCCGCUCUUUGAUCAGAUCCGCCGCUGGGUGUUUGAGGGCCGACUGAUCGACCCCCACCUCGAAUUCUUCAUCGUCCAGUCUGCCGCCCUGCCGACCCCAGACGCCGGCGCCGCAACGGGUCGGGGCGGCGGCGGCGGCAGCGGCGGCGGCGGCGGUGCAGUGGGCGGCGGGUGGAGGGACCCGUGGCGGGAGGUGUACCGGAUAGAGGGCGCGAAGCUGCCGCCCUUCAUCAGCAGGUCCCUCGCGGAGAGCGUCCUGCGCGCCGGCAAGGGCAUCAACUUCCUGCGGGACUCGUGCGGCGACGCGGCGUGGGUGCAGGCCCGCGCCGCCGGCGACGCGGCGGCGCGCGGCGGCGGCGGCGGCGGGGGCGGCGGCGGCGGGCAGGUGGCUGACCUGGAGGUGGCGGUUGCGCGCGCGACGCGGGAGGUGGACGCGCGGCUGAUGGAGGUGCUGCGGGAGCGGCAGGGCCUGGCGCGGCACUGCGACGCGCUGCGGCGAUACGUGCUGCUCGGGCAGGGUGACUUUGCGGUUGCGCUGCUGGACGCCAUGGGGCCGGAGCUGGCAAAGCCGGCGCACGAGGUGUCGGAGGUGACGCUCAACCACCUGCUGCGCCAGGCACUGCUGAGCAGCGCCGCGCGGGGCGAUGACGAGGACACGCUGGACCGACUGAGGGCCAGGAAGGACCCAGGGGCAGGGGCGCGCGAGGUACGGCGCGGCGCGCCGCGGCGCGGGGCGGUCGGUGCUCGGGGCCCCGAGCCCGCGGGCUUGCUGUGCGCUUGGGAGCUGCAGGGCCGCGCGGGC